UCCAAACUCCUUCCCACUUGUCUGCCUCAGGACCCCAGUUCUGGGCCCCCUGCCUCUCGAUCAUCGGGCAGAGGCAGGGGGCCAUGGACGCAGCCCUCUCGCCAUGAGCAGUGUGCCCCCCACGCAGGGCAGGGUUCAGGGGUCCAACUUUACCCCACAUCACUACAAGCCCUUCAGUUCACAUGCACACUAUCAACAGGUGAUGCGUUCGCUGCAUAAGCUUCAGGAGAGUGGGUUUUAUUGGGGGGCUGUUGGUGGUCGAGAAGCCAGCACCCUGCUGUGCCCCGAACCACCCGGCACUUUCCUGAUCCGGGACUCCUCAGAUCACCACCACUUCUUCACACUGUCCGUUCAGACGCCUCGAGGAACCAAGAACCUGCGAAUACACAGUGAGGAAAGUGGGUUCUUCUUACAGCCCGACCCCCAAAGCACCCAAGUGCCCCCGCAGUUUGAUUGUGUGCUUAAACUUAUAGCACACUACAUGGGGAAAGGGCUUGAAACUGUGAGAAACAAAGAAGGAGCAUGUGGGGGGAAUUCAGGACAGCCUGAAAUGAAAGGGCGCAGCGUUUAUCUGAUACACACAGGUGGAGAGAGGAUCCCUCUGGAGUUGCUGAGACCCCUGUCUACUUCUCUCUCGUCCUUGCAGCACAUGUGCAGGAGGACCUUGAAUAACCAAGGCCUGGGGUCAGAGCGAGCGCAGCAGCUCCCGCAUACACUUCGAGACUUCCUGGACGAGUACGAUGCUCCUAUAUGACUGACUGGAACUGCACAGGUUUCUCUACACGGACCAGCAGCCUAGAGGACGGCACGGGUCAUGUCUCUGUGAAGACAUGUCCAUCUGUCCGACCAGAUUUAGCCUUAGAUGGUAAAUGGUUCGUUUUUCAAAGCAGCCAGAAUUGUCUGAGCCCAGACCUGAUAUAAACUAACCAGGGGUCUGGGAUCACGAGUCCCAACUGGGUAACCGGUGAUUACCUCACCCGUCCUGCCUCACAAAAACUGACCGCUUAUGUGAGUGGCAAAGGUAUAAGGUCAGUGUGUCGUAUAAUUGCCUCAGACGCAGAGCAGAGCCUCGCAGAAGAUUAACCUGAUUGGUCAAUAUUAACAAUUACGGUGAAGGCACGAUCAAUCCACCACCGCCAAUCCCUGUGGGUUCACAGAGAAAUGUCUCCACUCCCCUUGUCCACCUGACAUUUGCAACCAUUCAGAACACUGCACACAGAGAAAGGAGGCACAGAGUUGAAGGAGGACAGAGAAAAGGCAAAGUUCAAACAACGACCUCAAACCAGAGAACUAACAGCAUUUGUUAGUCUGAGUGUGUGCGUGUGUUCCUGUGUGUUGUGGUGGUGCGCACACACACACAUUUCCAUUACUGCUUCCCGCAAAUGUUGCCUCAUUGAAGGGAGUUGAGCGGUCAUGCGUGCCAGCUCUACACGCACACACAUGCACACACAGAGGUUUUGUAAGUUGAAGAACAAAAGACGAAAAACCCAUUACAAAUCAUCUCCUUUUCACUCUUUGUCUCUUCUCCAUCCUCUGUGCGUUUUUGGUUCUUUUUUUUUUUUUUCUUUUUUUUUUUUCAGCAUUGCUUUUGACAGUGACAGAAAACAGACUUCUGUUGCUGAGACAAAAGCUUGUUACUGAGACAAAAGCCUCGGCUCAGGACCAAAAGAAACAUCACAACUUAUUUUUAUCCAGGCUGGCUGGAAAUAUGUCAACGACACUGUGAAGCUCCUCUGGGAGUGACAACAAUGACAAGUCUGGAGGCUGGAGUAGAGCGAGGAGCAGAAGUCACAAAGAGAUGGAGAGACAGAGUGAGACCAAGGGAGUUAGGAGAAGGAAACUGAAGAGGACAGAGAAAACGGCCGGGGAGCUGGGAAGAGGGAGGAGACAUACUGGUGUACAGCUAAACAAAAACAUUGACUAGAUUGAUGUCCCAAACCUGGAAAGGAGGAAAUCCUCAACAGGACACUGUUCCUAUAAAUAUUAAACCAAGUUUGCCAAGAGGAUCCAUUUAACAAAAACAAAAAUUCAAAAGAGUCUUAAUUCUCUUGUUUUGACGCCUAUUAUAGUCUUUUCUUUACAUUUUUUUUAUUCAUCAGUGUGUAGUAGUGUGUCUGCUCUCUUCCUCUUGGAUCUCUGAACUUAUCAUGAGUUAGAGAGGAUGCUACGUCUUUAAAUCCCUGUCAUUUAAAAGUGUCUCUCCCGUCCAUCAUUACCUCUGAAGCAGGAGUGGGUCGUUGGGUUUGUUCUUUCUGAAUGUCAAGUGAACACAGGACUAACUAAAGAAAAAAAAGCCUUUUGUAAAUCAGAUUAUGAGACACCGAUUUGAUGGAAAUAUUUUUUUUUAUGGUUGACCAGUGCUUAUACUUACCUGUGAUCCAUAUUGGAAGUGGUAGCUUUUUCACUGUGGCCACUUGAGACAAAAGCGCUGCAGGAAACCAUAGUGAUGCAGGAUUCUGCUCAGAUCUGUGUCUUAUUUUCUUCCAUCUACUCCCAAAUAUGUACAUGUGUCACGGAAGUGCAUCCACACGUGUAUGCGAGUCAUUUGUCUUUUAUAAAGACUGUCUAGCAAAAAGGCUGGCCACUAGUCUGGCAGAAUUCAAGCUGUACUUAUCUGAAAUGACAAAGCAUUACAAAAAAAGAAAAAUAAAUGAAAAGGAACGUUGCACAUAUUUAUAUUUCUAAAAUAUUUCAAUAAUUUAUAUUAAAGAGCACUAUUUUUACAAAAGACAA